AUGAACCGAAUUCUUCAAGUCGUUUUGUUUCUGACUGCGGUCACCGUGGUGUUGGGCGCUAACUGCCCAGCGGGUUACUACAAGCGGUUUGGGGGAAAUUGCUACAAGAUCUGGGCCGAAAAGAAGAGAUGGGCAGAAGCCCACAUCCUCUGCGGAACGGAGAACGCUCACCUGGUGACCCUUAACGAUCAGCUGGAGAGCGACUGGGUUAACAGCUUCUUUAUAAACAACAGACGUCAUGACUGUGGUAAAUACUACUGGAUUGGACUUACUGACCUCCCAAACGAAGGCGUUUGGACUUGGCUAGCGGACAACAGCCCAGUUCACUACACCAAAUGGAACACCGGCGAGCCGAACAACAGCGGGGACGAGGAUGGCGUGCAAGUCGACAGUGAGCUGAACAAGUGGAACGACUCCGGUGCCUGGAUGUUCUCCGAAUGCUUCAUCUGUGAGCUGGAUCCAGACGCCAUGUGUUAG